CCGGAGCUUGCAAUAGGGGGCUUCACUAACUGUGCGUGGCCAGAGAACUCUGCGUUUCAACUGUUUGGUCCUGCCAUCCUGCUGGUCCGACAUCAUGGGAGUGACUUGUGUGUCCCAGAUGCCUGUGGCUGAGGGCAAGAGUGUCCAGCAGACCGUGGAGCUCCUCACCCGGAAAUUGGAGAUGCUCGGAGCAGAGAAGCAAGGAACAUUUUGUGUAGACUGUGAGACCUAUCACACGGCUGCUUCUACCCUUGGCAGCCAAGGUCAGACUGGGAAGCUGAUGUAUGUGAUGCACAAUUCGGAAUACCCUUUGAGCUGCUUCGCCCUCUUUGAGAAUGGCCCUUGCCUUAUUGCCGACACCAACUUUGAUGUGCUCAUGGUGAAGCUCAAGGGCUUCUUCCAGAGUGCCAAGGCCAGCAAGAUUGAGACCCGGGGCACCCGUUACCAGUACUGUGACUUCCUAGUGAAGGUGGGCACGGUCACAAUGGGGCCCAGCGCCCGAGGCAUCUCUGUGGAGGUGGAAUAUGGCCCGUGUGUGGUAGCUAGUGACUGCUGGAGCCUGCUGCUCGAAUUCCUACAGAGUUUUCUAGGGAGCCACACGCCAGGGGCUCCCGCAGUGUUUGGCAACAGACACGACACAGUCUACGGCCCAGCAGAUACCAUGGUCCAGUACAUGGAACUCUUCAACAAGAUUCGCAAGCAGCAGCAGGUUCCUGCUCUGUUUCUGCUGUGCUGUUCUGAUUCACCGCACCUUGUUCCUUGCUGCCUCCUGCUUGCUUUCCUUGGAUCUUGAGUACCAAGUAGUCACAUUUCCCCGACCUCCAUUGGUGUCACUGCUCCACUGAAGAAAAUAACUAAAAACUGACCAUUCCUUCCCACCAGUGGGUCCAGUAUUCAUUUUUGAGGCUUCAGGAUGAGGAAGUGAAAUUUCUAUCUCCAAAUCCUACCAGGUAAGAGGAGCGGUUAGAAACUCCCACUUAAGCCCUGACCGGUUUGGCUCAGUGGAUAGAGCG